CUCGCACUCGUCACCAUGUCGCCCGCCGCCGCCGCCCGAGCCACAUCCGUCGCCGCCACCUUCUCCGCAUCCACCACCCCCUCCUCCCGCGUCCUCCUCCGCCGUCCCUUCCCCGGGACCCCGUCCCCCCGCCGCGCCGUCGCCUCGAUGGCCGUGUCCGCUCCCAGGUCGGCGGCCGCCGCCUCGUUCCUCGAGCGCCGGGAGUCCGAGCGCGCGCUCCACUUCGUCAAGUACCAGGGCCUCGGCAACGACUUCAUCAUGGUGGACAACAGGGAUUCGGCGGUGCCCAAGGUGACGCCGGAGGAGGCGGCUAAGAUGUGCGACCGGAACUUCGGUAUCGGUGCUGACGGAGUCAUCUUCGUCAUGCCUGGGGUCAAUGGUGCGGACUACACUAUGAGGAUUUUCAACUCUGACGGUAGUGAGCCGGAGAUGUGUGGUAAUGGAGUUCGUUGCUUCGCUCGUUUUAUAGCUGAGCUUGAAAAUCUACAAGGAACACAUAGCUUUAAAAUUCAUACUGGUGCUGGAUUAAUCAUUCCUGAAAUACAAAAUGAUGGCAAGGUAAAGGUAGAUAUGGGUCAGCCUAUCCUUAAUGGACCAGAUGUUCCCACAAAACUGUCAUCUACCAAGAACAAAGCUGUUGUUCAAGCUGAAUUGGUAAUUGAUGGUUUAACAUGGUAUGUAACCUGUGUUAGCAUGGGCAAUCCUCACUGUGUCACAUUUGGUGCAAAAGAGCUAAAGGAUCUGCAUGUUGAUGAUUGGAAUCUUAGUGACGUUGGGCCUAAAUUUGAGCAUCAUGAUAUGUUUCCUGCCCGGACCAACACAGAAUUUGUACAGGUCUUGUCUCGCUCACACCUCAAAAUGCGAGUUUGGGAGCGUGGUGCUGGAGCAACUCUUGCUUGUGGGACUGGUGCUUGUGCGGUUGUUGUUGCAGCUGUUCUUGAGGGCCGAGCUGAACGGAAAUGUGUAGUUGAUUUGCCUGGUGGGCCAUUGGAAAUUGAGUGGAGAGAGGACAACAAUCAUGUUUACAUGACUGGUCCUGCUGAGGCUGUCUUUUAUGGAUCCUUUGUUCACUAGGUACGGAGAGUGGAGAUGGAAGAGUUUGGCAAACUUGGAGCCUGAAAAUGUACGGAGAGUGGAGAUGGAAGAGUUUGGCAAACUUGGAGCCUGAAAAAUCAAUUAUAAGGUCUAUCAAACCACCGUCCUGGUACCAGUGCACUCCAUUUCUUAAUAAAGGCUAUGCUACAGGCAAAAAUGGGAACACUGGGCAGCACUAGGGGCCCCAUUUGAAGCAUUCUAGGCGUUUUUUUUACUUAACCUUUUGUACUCCCUAUGUCCUUCACUCUAUCAGUGGUAGAACCCCUUGUGAAUUAUGGAUCUGUCCAGCUUGUGCUCUGUAUGCUUGGCUUAAUAUUGUUGUCUACAAAUUUAUGUUGAUUUACUGAAAAAUGGUUUUGCUUGUA